AAGAGAAAGUCCCCAAGUACCCCCACGAAAUCACCAAACAUGUGACCAGAAUUAUUUAUUGUUAUCAUUUCCAACGUCUGGUAAACAUUUUCAAAAUAACAUUCAAUAAAAAAUUCUGGUAAAGUGCUUGAAUUGUGAACAUUGGAGUAAUUCAUCAGUGAUGCUAAAAACGUCAGCAAUGUCAUCCCCACGAAACCCCAAACACCAAGAGGGUGUCAUCAAAAGCCUUCGAGACCUUUUUGGAAACAUUUUUCACGUCGACAUCAUCCGUUCCGUCGCACACCAAUGCAAUUUCGACAUCGUAAGAUCGUCCGACAUCCUCAUCGAAAUGUCCAACAACAUAGUCGACCAACCGGCGAAGAAAAAACCCAAACCGAAAAAAUCACCCACACACACGCCAAAAAAAUCCGAACCUACUAGAGUGAUCAAAUCGAAAAAAUCGCAAGAAUUGGAACGCGUGGUCAAUAAUAUAAGACAAGGGUACAAGGUUUUAGUGAUUUUGAGAGGGUUGCCGGGGAGUGGGAAAUCACAUCUAGGGGUUGUUAUCACUGAUGUGACUCUCGGCCCGGGGAAUAACAGUCAGCAUAUAUUAAGCACUGAUGAUUAUUUUAUACAGAACCGAAAGUAUGUUUUCGAUCCGAGUAGGCUACAGGAAGCCCACGAGUGGAACCAUCGUAGGGCUUUUCAAGCUAUGAGUCGGGGGCUAAGUCCUGUUAUUGUGGAUAAUACAAAUACACAAAUGUGGGAAAUGAAGCCCUAUGCCAUGAUGGCGACGGAUUACGGCUACAUGAUUGAGAUUCUUGAACCUGACACUUGGUGGUGCUUUAAUGACAAAGAGUUGGCCCGGAGGAACACUCACGGGGUUCCCCGAGCCAAAAUCAAGGACAUGUUAGAUAGAUAUGAGAGAAAUGUGACCACACAAAAAUUACUAUGCGCUUAUAGUCUGACUUAUAAGUUCCAAAAGCCCCCUCAAUUCCGACUAAUCCCUCCCAUUAUGCGCCAAAAUGGCUACACGGUACCAAGAAUUCAAAAUGGCGUCACUAAGUCACGAAGUACGCCGAUUUUCGAUCGGCAAAAUUCGAUCGAAAAUGGCGUCGAAGCCAUUAAUUUGAUGGAUUUUAAUGACGUUUCCCAUGAAACCAAUCAAAAUAAUGCAAUACACACGUGGGACCUCAAUCCUAUCGAUGCCAUUCUUAUGUGUACUGAAGAAAACCAAACCGAUGUUUUACAACCUAAACCUGCCACUAGUGCCAACCAAGAGAAUUUAUUCCCCGACAUUGAAAAUGCCUGGGGUAUUGACGAAAAAGCCCUACACUCGUGGGACAUUGUCACUCCGAUUCCCGAAGUUGGCAACACUGUGGAUACACCAAGCGAUCAACAAGCACCAAAACCGGAAACACGUGACGUUUGUACUAGUUUAGAACCAAAUGAUUGGCUGAAUGACAGUUACAAAAUGGUGACGGCACAAAAUCGGGAUAUUAGUGUUGGUACCCCUGUCAGGGUUUUACCUCCACCGAAAAAAACCAUGCUGGAUCAGAGUUGCAUGACUGAUGAUAUACCAGAAGAGAUAACAAAUGAAGAAGUCCGGAUUAAGGACUUGAUGGAUUUAUUUCCAAGAGUACCAAAGUCCUCACUUCGGGAACUUUUCAAUAAAUGUAAUAAGAAUUUCCAUUGGACUGUUGAUCUUCUCCUCGAAGAUAAUAAUCUUGAAGGGGUUGAAACAAAUGAAGAUGAUGAAGAUGAAACUCCGAGUGUGUCAAAUCCAGAGGUACCAUCAGUCGAAACUGAAGAACCCGAAACGUCAAAAGUGAAACUUUUCAAACGCAAAACCAUAUCUGGGGAUUCCCUAGAGCUAAAAAAGUGUCUUGAGAGCAAAUUUGAUAUAAACCGUGAGUUUUAUUCGGAUCAUGUCUACAAAGUGAAACAGUUUAAAUUCGGGCCACAUGAGUCUCAACCGUCCACUUCUGCUGUUCCUGAUUCAGAUUCGGAUUCCGAAUCGGAUGAUUCAACUCAGGAUGAUCCGAAAAAUAUGAUCGAAUUGAAUUUGGGCGAGACGUUCGUCAACCAAUUGGAGACGCUGUUUGGUGGUGACGAUGGUGCGUUUCCAAAGGGGUACCAACCUGUGGUCCAAAUGCCCCUAAAUCUAGCCCGACAAAUUUAUUGUUUCUAUAUCGAGUCGUUAUGCCAGCAAAUGGAUGCCCAAACCCAUAUUUUGGAACGUCUGGUUAAAGAAGAUGAAGAGUUGGCUCGAAAGCUUCAAAAUCAGGAAGAAAGUCAAGUGGUACCACCGCGGGAACCCAAUUUUAUGGAGAUUAUGGACGAGCAAGUGGCGAUGAGUAUUCAUAGACGAAGCGUAGAGGAGUGGAAAAAUAUGACAGCGGAUAAUUUAGCUGCGAAAUUGACCAAACAGAAGUUGUUUGCUGCGUUUCCGAAUAUCGACCAAAAUGCCUUACUAGAAAUAUGGCACGCGUAUGACUAUGACUACAAUAAAACAGUUGAGGAUUUGAUUGCAAAUGUCGGAGGGUCUCUAGACGAGAAGAUUAAAGAACCACCGAUAAGUACAACGACAUUAGAAGAAAUGAAGCAAGCUGAAGAGAAUUUCGUCAAUUUUGAACAAGAUGAAGAGCAACACCCUGCGACUUAUUACAGAGACGAAGCCAAUAAACAUUUGAAAAGACGCGUCGAAUUAUACGAAAAAGCUAAAUCGUACUUCCAAAGAGGCAUGUUCGAAGUUGCAACUUUCUACUCCGAGUUGGCCAAGAAAGAAACAAAAUUGUACGAUAAAGCCAAUCACAUCGCAGCUGCAGCUUUCAUCGAGGAGCAUUCAAAAAGAUUGCAAAAGUUUGAUACUCUCGAUUUGCACUAUUUCUACGUCAAGGAGGCCAUCCCCAACUUAGAUAUUUUCAUUGACAGGAAUAUAAAUCUGCUGCAAGGGGGGUCCAAAAAAGGCAUCGACUUGUUUGUUAUCACAGGAAGGGGAAAAAACAGUGAAGGGGGUCGUUGUAAAAUCAAACCUGCGGUUAUUAACAGGUUGAAGAAGCGGAGUAUUGGGUUUGUUCAAAUGAAUCCAGGACUUUUGAAAAUACGAGUUUUGCGGAAUUCACUAGUGACGAGUGAUUUGCCAUAAUUUAGUUAUUUUGUUUAGUGAUAAAUUUAAGUUGGUUGCAAUGUAACCAGGAAAAUAACCCGGUUCAAGGGUUUGAGAGUACAAAUUGUUUUAUUGUUGAAUAGGGAUUUUUAUUUGUUCAAGCGUUGGUACCGCUGAUUUAAACGUUAUUAAUUUUGUCCAGGAAGCAAUGCAAUAAAUUUGUAUUCGUCAGCAUUGUAACUAAUUUUAUUCUAUAUUUUUAUUGUUUUUCUGACUACAAAUAUUAUUAGAGUAUAGCAUUUAGCAUUAUUAUUGUUAAUAAAAGCACAUCAUUUUUAUAUACAAUUUCAAAAAAAUAUAUUUUACUAAUUAA